AUGGCUCCAACACCCAUUGCAAUCAACACUGAGGCAUCCACGAACCUUUCAAAUGCACGACUAGAUUUCAAUGCACUGAAAGAUCUCGACAUACAAAUAAAAUUUCACACACAGCCCGAUUCAAUAGGACAAAUAGAGGUGGUCGGGAAAAUUGAGCAAUCCUCACAGAAAAAGACCUGGGAGCAGCUCCAUGCCCUCAUUUUUGAUGUCGCCAAUGCAUCUCUCUUCAUCACCGAUCGUUCAGUAGUAGAAAGAAACUACACACGUAUUCCUCUCCCUCGCGCCUUUCCCUACAUCAAAGAUUAUAUCUACUAUCGCAUGACGCGUGCCAAGAGUGACCCUCUCAAUUCCCAGUACAUGGCAUAUGCAUUAAUAGACCGUCUUGGCAUCAGAGAACAAAGAUUGAGAGGAGAGAUUAAGGAGGCAUGGGUUUUAAAUGAUCCCAAAGGAAGGCGGUUCGAGACGGUCAGUAAAUGGAAAUUUUGGGCUACAACAGCAAAACUGGAGAUGCGUGUUCGUAAGGGACAGGCACAGUUUCCCGCGUAUCAACACUGGUUCCGUUGA